AGUUUAAUGUUGCACAAAUGACAGACGCACCUUCGCCAUCACAUGUUUUGGUCAAAUAGUCAAAGAAGGGGCGUGGGGUGGAGAGAGGGGACUAUUUUAAUGGCGUUUCAUUGAGACGGGCUCGUCCGACCAGAGGCGUGAUGUUGCAGCGAUGCUUACUUCGAUCACUGGCGUCUUCGUGGGUCCGAGGAGCCAAGAAAAGUCUCCUCGUCAGAUGUCCUCCUCCAGUCUUCGCUGGACUCCGACAUAACUCAGACAUAAGGGAACGCACCCUGGUGGCUGUGAAACCAGAUGGAGUCCAACGGCGACUGGUUGGACAAAUAAUCCGCCGGUUCGAGCAGCGGGGUUUCAAGCUGGUGGGCCUGAAGAUGCUGCAGGUCUCUGAGGACCUUCUGUCUCAGCACUACUGCGAGUUGAGGAAGAAACCUUUUUACCCCAACCUGCUCAAGUACAUGACCUCUGGCCCCGUGGUUGUCAUGGUCUGGGAAGGUCUGGAUGUGGUGCAGACAACUCGCACCAUGGUUGGUCCCACCAAUCCGGCUCAGGCUGCGGCGGGGACGGUCCGGGGCGACUUCAGCCUGCAUGUUAGCAGGAAUGUGGUCCACGCCAGUGACUCUCUUGAGGGCGCGAAGAGGGAGAUCCAACUGUGGUUUCAGGGUCAAGAGCUCUUGAACUGGGACUGCUGGGACCAAAGCUUCACCAGUGAGAGCUGAGGAGUGGGAUCGCAGAGAGAGUCAGAAACCUUUGGUGCUUGCUGGAGAGCUGGAAACUUUUUACUGUUGCUAACAAGUGAUUUACCUCAACAAAGUGCACUUCAAUUUAUGACGUUUCAGUCUGAAUUGUUCUCUAUAUGCAGUAAGAUGUUUGCCUCAAGAGACAUCACCUGCUUUGUUCUGUGUGACCUCUGAAAAUCAUAUUGUCGAAUUCUUGAAAAUCAUUUUGUCUAUUCUUAAACUUCAACUCGUGAUAUAUUCAUUUUUUUUUACAUUUAGAAUUAAAGGUUUUCAUGAUGAUCAAAAUAAGUCCUGUAUUUAAGUCUAAAUUUCAGUGUUACAAUGUGAAGCUCUCAUAAAGAACCAUAGCAGAUGAAUGAAUAUCAUGUGUGUUUGUGCAAUCCCUGAAGAAAUCAGACUUGGAAUCUUGACUUUUUUAAAUAUAUCAGGUUACCUACCGCACAAUUGAUGUUCUGAAAGACUGUGAAAGUGUUUGUAUCUUAAUAAAGAUCAAUAAUAAAAAUGGAGUCGUGUCGGUG